AGCUCGCGGCGCGCAACGGUUGGGGUCAAUACGGGAAAGUUUUCCAUGGUGUUUCAGCACGUUCCGUGGUAAAUCCGAUUCGAACAGUGUUUUGCUACUGCUCCCGGUGGCGCAGUAAAUUCGAGUGCAGAUCAUGGGCGACGAUUACUACGGGCAGAACAACUCGAACAGCGAUGACUCAGAGGUAGAACUUAACCUGAACACUCCGGAGCUGAGUGGGUAUCUGAGCAAGUGGACCAACUACAUCCACGGUUGGCAGCCGCGGUUCAUAGUGCUGAAGGACGGCACGCUGUCGUACUACAAGAGCGAGCAGGACAGUGAUUUCGGUUGCCGAGGAGCAAUCAGCUUGCAGAAGGCAACGAUAAAGUCACACGAGUUUGACGAGUGCCGGUUUGAUGUGGCGAUCGGGCAGAACGUUUGGUACCUGCGGGCCGAAACACCGGAAGACAAGCGGAACUGGAUCGAGGUGCUGCAGUCGUACAAAACCGACAUCCCGGAGACGGUGAGCUUGCGGCGCCAUGGCAGCGCUAUAUCGUUGCAGUCCAACACCCUGUCCACUGCCAGCGGUAGCAGCCUGAAGCGCGUCAGUCGUGGGCUGCGGGAGAAGAUGCACGAAAUCGAAACGUACCGCGACAUUCUGUACGGACAAAUCGACACGUUACAGCGUUACUUCGAUGCCCUGCACACUCGAAAUGAAGAUCAACCACCGUUGGACCUUGGCGAUGGGCUGAAACCGAUCGAUUUCAGGGGAGAAGCAAUAACGUUCCGCGAAACCACUGCCGGUGUCAUCAUCACGCUACAGCACUGCUUAGACAUUAUCUCGCAGAAGGAGGAAAGCUUCAAGAAGAAGCUCGACAAGGAACAGGAGCGGCGAAGAAAGGCGGAAGAACUGUACAGAAACUGCAAAGAUGAACUUGCAAAGAACCGAAAUUCCGUUAUUCCCGGACCAGAUUUGGAGGAAGGGCCACACUCGACCAUACCGGAGGAUGAGUUUUUCGACGCCGUCGAGACGGGGUUGGACAAAAUCGAAGAAGAUCGUCAGCUGAGAGUGAGACUGAAGUACCAGUCGCAACAGUCGCAGAUCAGCAAUGCCGGGUCGGUGCACAGUGCGCACCAGGACGCGGAAGACGAGCUGCAGCAGCAGGCGGAAGACUUUGGCACGGGAGCGCAAGCCAAGAGUCACAAGCUGUGGCCCGAGAUCGAUAAGAUCUGCACCGAGCAGCUGACGCAGGCCCGGCAGGGCGUCGGGGCGGAUGGCAACGGGUGGCAGCUGUUUGCCGACGAGGGCGAAAUGAAGAUGUACCGGCGCGAGGAGGAGGUGGACGGGAUGGUGAUCGAUCCGCUGAAAUCAUGCCACGUCGUGAAGGGGGUAACCGCCCGGGAGAUGUGCCAUUACUUCUUCGAGCCGGCGUACCGGAACGACUGGGAGACGACGCUGGAGGACGUGCAGAUCGUGGACAACGUGGCGCCGGACACGCUGGUGUUUCUGCAAACCUACAAACGCAUCUGGCCCGCCAGCCAGCGGGACGCCCUGUUCUGGUCGCAUAUGGGCCGCGUCACGGACAAUCUCGACAUCGGGGCCAACGAUGUUUGGAUCGUGUGCAAUCAUUCCAAUCAGAACGAAGAGUAUCCGCCCGCCAAUCAAGGAAAGUGUGUACGAAUCUAUUUGACGGUGAUAUUAGUCUGCCAAACCUAUCUACCGGCGGGCAAGGACAGCAAAACCGCAACCCGGGAUGAUCUGACGUGUAAAAUAACCUACUGCUCUACCGUGAACCCUGGCGGCUGGGCGCCCGCGACCGUGCUAAGAGCUAUCUAUAAGAAAGAAUAUCCAAAGUUCCUUAAACGUUUCACCGGAUACGUUGUUGAUCAGUGUAAAGAAAAGCCCAUCAUGUACUAGGGUUAGUCGAUUGUUUUGCUCUAAGCCAGGUCUAGAUGUUGUUAUAUAUAUCCACACACAUACACGCACACACACAUACAAACACACUGAAACAUUGAAAGCACACAUACACAUUUAUUAUUUUGUUGUCCGUUAUGUGGUGUAGUAGGGAAGGAAACGAUAGAUUAAGGCGAAAAAGAAUGGUUCGAGACCAUGAGGACGGCCUCGGCAAAUGUGGCUCGGAAUUGUGGCCAGCGAAUGCUGUCGAAUUUGCAACAUAUCUUCGAAUCAGGUCCAAGAAUAAAACGUGCUUUAGAGAAAUGUAGGGAAACGAACAGAACAUAGGCACCAAAGUGAGAACUAGCGAUGGAUUAAGUAACGCGCAUUUUUCUUCGGUUGUUUUCGAAGAGCUAAAUAGACCGAUAGGUGAAACUGAAUCGAAAGUCUAUCGGAACGUUUGCACCACCGUGAAACAAUAGAUAUUACCUAGCUCGAAAUUAGGUGCUCGAAAGCCGCUGUCGCUGUGACGAAAACUGAUCCGCGAUGUUUCUACCGUGAAACAUUUCAACCGAGUGAGAAAGGCCCCGGAAAUAAUUCACUCACUCACAAGCGUGAUCGAGCUCACGGAUUCAAAUCCACUCUCUCUUCCUUUACCGAAGAACUUCCGUUUCAUUGUGGACAACGAAAGCGUGUUUGUGUUUGUUUGUAAGAUUAGCCAACCUUUUCCAUUUUCUUUUCUA